AUGUUUAAAGGCUCAAUAGAGUUCCAUCAAAAUAUAGGUAAUUUAUACAGAAUUAUUUUAAAGGGCAAAUUCUUCCAAAUGGAGUUGGUACACAACCCUAGUGCCUUAAAUGAUAGUAAACAAGCAGAAGAGUGUAUGUCCCUUGAUCUUCAUGGACGUCCUACUACUAUGGCCAAGCAUAUGGAGGGAAAGGGACGUUCUAAGGAUGGAACUACUGAAGGGCUAUGUCUUGGGCGUGUACACGAAACUAAAGUAGAGAUACGUGGGCAUUACAUAAUGCUCGAAAAUGAUGAUGAAGCAACCGCUUGCAGAAAUUAUGAUGAUGUUGACGAUGCUGAAGUUAACGAAUUUGAAUGUAGAAGUCGUUGCAGGAUGCAGAUGAUUAGGGUAAUGCUCGUUAUUUAA